UUGUAACCGGGAAGGGACUUUUGUUUUGAAAAUACAACUUUUAUUGUGAAGCAGGAAGUGGUCCUCAUGACAGGAAAUACAGGAAGUCAAGUCACUUAAGCACAGGUAGUGUGAGUGUUUGUAAAGCAUAUGGUGACUGCUAAUGGGGGACUUAACCUGCUGGCCACUACCAGGGAUGCUACUGGUUUUCAACUGAUAACUUGACAGUUGCUUCAUAUGGCCCAAAUAGGUCCACGGCAGUGAACUGAAAUGGAGCUGCUGGCGCAGUUCGCUCAGGUGAGUUCCGAGCCUACAGGCUGAUUGCCAUGGCCUUUGGUCUACUAUGUGUCCUGCAAGUGGCUCUCAAUGUGUAUCUACGGAUUAACUGUAUGGAGGACAACAUACAGCACAAUGUCACAGGACACAAACAGCUGUUGCAAACCAACGACAGCAUCCUUGAGAAAGAGAUAGAACUGCUGAAGGCCAGCAACAACAUCCUCACCAAAGAAAGAGACCAGUUACUCAGAGCUAAAGGAAAUAGCUGCCCAGAGAAAUGGAUGUCCUUUGGUUCUAGCUGCUACUACAAAUCCUCAAUUAAGGCAACCUGGAGCGACUCUCGACAGGACUGUAGAGAAAGAGGAGCUGACCUGAUAAUUAUAAACACAAAAGAGGAACAAGACUUUGUAAGAAAUCUUCACACCAGAGCUUGGAUUGGCUUGGAUUGGAAAUGGGUGGACGAAACCCCACUGAUCAAUGGGUUUUGGAAGUACGGUGAACCAAAUGAAAACAAUGAUGCAGAAAACUGUGUUGAAGUUGAUGGCCAUGCAUCAAAUUCAGAGUGGAAUGAUAUUCCAUGUGAUUUCCUGUGGUAUUGGAUCUGUGAGAAGCCUAUUAACCCCGAACUCUUAAAACAUCAAGCUUGAAUUUGUACUUCUACUUGAAUUUGUUAACUACAUUUGUUAGACCAAUGUAAUGAUGCAUGCAACACAUACACAUACACAUGCACACACAUGCAUGACCACACACACGCACGCACACACAC